AUGCCUGCAGAGAUGACACGAACCUCCUAUGCAAACCAAAUGAACCCUGUGAUAACAACAACACGCGACCAAACAGCAUUUUUCAUUUACACAGCGAACGAAAGAACGUUUGCACCACCACCUCGUUGUAAACCGGAAAGCAAUCUGUUCGCGAAUGGACCGCUGAUUGCAAACAUACCAGAUGCAGCACAAGCAAACGGAUCGCCCCAAGUAACUGAGAACAUCUCGAACGAAGCUACCGUCAUUCUGGAAGGUGAUAGUCCACCCAAUUUCAAGAUAACCGAAGUCACUGGAGAGAUACCAACCGAAGAAAUUAACGUACCAGUCGAGUGA